AUGGGCAAGGUCUUGAUGACUGUCUACUCCGCGCACCCGACGGAGCGCAUCGGCUCGAUCAAGGUGCCGAUCAAGCUGAGCAUGCAAGACGGUCUCGCGAUCGAGGGCGCGCGCAUCACGUACUCUGGCGGAGCAUACAACGAGGACGUGUACACGCCGGUGCCCACUAUCAAGCCGGGCGCUUCUCUCAUCGUCGAGGUGACGCUCCGUUCGCAAUGGCAUAUGGCCAUCACCGACAUCCCUCGCCGCUUCUCCUUCAAGCUCCAGACGGGCGCCCGCGGAGACACCCUCGCCAAGGAGACAAUGAAUGUGGACCACGCUUGGUACGUCCCCUCAGCGCUCAAGGGCCUGUUCAACCCCGCCCCGUUCGGUCUGGAGAAGCUCAACGUGCUAGUCUUUGGCGUCAUGGGCUCGGGCAAGACCUCCUUCACCAACUCGAUCCUUGCGCUCAUGUCUCACGCCAACUCGGGCGAGGCGCUGCCCUGCGCAGAGCCAGUCCACGGCGGGGGCGAUCACUGCACGGUCACGCUCCGCGCGAUCGACUUCCCCAACGAGCUGCCGCUGCGUGUGUGGGACACCAAGGGCCUGACGCCUGAGAACUACAAGGGUCCCGAGCUCGAGGCGAUCAUGAAGGGGAAGCUGCCCCACGGUUGGGACAUGGACUGCCACAUCGACCCGGCAAUGCUCUCGGAGUCGCAGGACCUGACUGUCGAGGCGAAGCGCUUUGGCCGCACGCCACACGCCGUCGUCUUCAUGCUUCCCUUCUCUGAGCUCGACGACACGGACGGCGAGUUCAUGCAGAAGAUUCGCGACCAGUUCGGCAAGAUUGUGCGGCUCGGCAUCAACCCGAUCGUGCUGGUCGCAAAGCUCGACGAGGCAGACGACGCGGUGCGCAAAAACCCGUCCUCGUCCAACAGCACCAAGGACGCCGCGCUCAAGGCUGCGGCCGACUUCCUCGGCAUUCCCUUCGGCAACGUCUACCCGUGCAUAAACUACCUCGACCUCACCUCCAAGUCGUUUGAGAUCGACCGCAACCUCGCCGUCGUCCUCCACCGCAUCCUGUCGAUGGCCAAGCACCGCUGCGAGAGCCUUGAGCGCGAGGCGAGCCACGCCGCGCGCAUGGCUGAUUCGACGACGCUGCCGCCAAUCCACCGCAAGAUUGCCCAGCUACAGAGCUCCCUCGCCGACGCGACUGCAGAAGCCGAUGCGCGCAAGGCUGAGCUCGAAUCAACCGCCGCUCGGGCCGACGGCCUCGCCGACCAGCUUGCCAAGGCCAGCACGUGCGCGGAGAAGCUCGAGGCGGCCGUGCGCGGGCAGUCGGCCCUGCGCCUUGAGAAGCGAGCCCUCGAGCAUGUCAUCGCGCAGGCCCGCGUCGAGAAGCGAGACCUCGAGGCGCGGCUCAAGUCGCGCACCGAGCAGCUCGCAAUCCAUCAGGCCCGCGCGUCAGGGCUAGCCUCCCAGCGCAAGGCGUGCACCUGCCUCAUUGGCAUCGUCGUCGCCUCCCUCAUCGUCGUGACGUUUGUGGCGCCGGGCUGGCUCGCCACUGCCGCGGCACCGCCGGUGGAGAAGUCGCUCCUCGCGAUUGCGUCUGGACAGAGCCGCGCCGUCGAAGACUUUGUGAGCUGCAACGACUCGGAUGCGCUUGGCGGCCCGACGGCUGUGGCGGCUUCGACGCCCCCGUGCCUCAAGGAGAUGGAGGCGGCUACGAGCGCGCUGGUUGCGCUGGUCGACGCCGCCGCCAACCCCGCCAAGCAGCCCGACCGCGGCUCUACCUUUCUGGGCGCCGCGUACCAGCUUCUGGUCGUGCUCGCUCUCCUCCUCGGCGGCACCGCUUUCGUCUUUGGCACGAUGAAGGCCACGCCAACGGACGGCAAGCGCGAUGGCAAGGACUCCGAGCCGUGCACCGAGCCCGAGAUGGACUCCGACUCCGAGUCUUUUGAGGAGGUCGGACUGUUUGAUGUGAUGUCGUAG